UCUUUCCCGCCCUUCACCAUGAACCCUUCCCUUCCAACACGACUGAGCCACCUCUUGUCCACAUCCGCACCACCCUGAGAUCCACGUUCCCCUCUCGGACUCGCCGACGCUCAACGCUCACUUGAAGCAGGAUCGUACGCUGACGCUUUCUUCACAUCCAGCUGCCAGACUUCUACACAAAUCCCCCCCGCCCAUCAUUCAUCCGUGGUCGGAAACCUCCUAUCAUCCUAUGCGAGCUACGAGACAACCGACCUGAGCAAGAGGAAUGAGCCAUGGGUUUCUAUCACGACCUCAACAAGGACUCCAGUCACUAUCGGGGCGCCUUCCUAAUAGUCUCGCUCCUGACGGUGGGAGUGUGCAGCAUGUUCCCGAUGAUGUGCUUCAAGAACUACAGCAGCAAAGAGCGGGCGAGGAAGAAGCGCGAGAUCGAGGCGCUGGACCGCCGAGCGAGCCGCAUCGAAGAGAUGGACGCCAUGGCGAGACCGGCGAGACGUCGCUCCCACUCCCCUCCCCAGACCUCCCACCCUCCCCAUCGCCGUCGCCACUCGGCCCACAUGCCUCGCGACACCCACGAUACUCGCGGCCGCCGAUUCCGCGAAGACGAUCUGGAAGAUAUUCCGAUGCCCGCGGAGUCGCACAAGCACCGCUCCCGCUACCGCUACGAUCAGCUGCUCGACCGCGAUCGGCAACGUCGCCACGCUCCCCCGCGCCGGUAUCAUCACAGUUCGUAGGAGGACGUGUUGAAACCGAUGCCCACCUUUUAGAGCCCAAUCGGGAGACUGAUGGUGCGACUACCGCUGAGAGCAUGAGCGAAAGCCUGUCAAUCCCUAAGAACGCAGCCCAAGACUAUUUUUCAGCUUUCAAUUCCGACACCCCGACUUCCCCCGGCUUGUCCCACUACGCCCCUUUUCCUCGGACUCCUGGCUCAAUCAAUCGCCCUUCUUUCCCUCGCACCCCAGGCUCAAUCGGUCGCAUAUCCUUUUCCCGUUUCACCCCGAGUACCAACCACUCCUCGCCUCGUUCAACAGACUCAGCCGGACGAUUAUCCAUCUCCCGUUCCCCUGGGUCGACUGGCCGUCCUUCUUUCUCACGUUCUCCUGCCUCGAUCGGUUGCUUCCCCUUUCCUCGUUCCUUUGGCCCACCUCCACGCACCCCGAGCCCUUCGCCAUCCCUCUCAUCGUCAUCCGACUCAAAUGCAAGCAGUUUUGCAUACUUUGUACGCGACCGCAGAGGCGACCGUACGUUGCUCAAGAAGAAGAAUCGACCAUUGCAGCACCGAACGAAAGCACCGCCAGUGGGGCAAGCGCCUCUACCCCUUCACUCACCCUCCUAUUACAUACCCAAAAUCGUCGAAGAAAGUGCGACUAUCAAAGUACUCCCUCAGACCCCGCCGCCGCUGUCAGCUCGCUUGCCUGGUCCCCGCCCCAAAGCCCCAGAUGCUACCACACGAGGACGGACCCAAUUACGCCAAUCUGAAUCUAUAUCAAGCCUGAGGCUGAGAUCUAGUUCCAGCAAAGCCCGGCCCGGUGGACCUGAUACGGACUCCCACCCGCGCACUCCGGGCUCGCAGGCAGUCCCUACUGUCUCUAGUCCUGACCUCAAAACCGCAGGCCGAGACUCUUCUUUGCCACCGACCGUGAUGAGACUGAGGCUUCCAUCCCGUCAUAGGACUGUGAGAGACUUCGAACACGUGAGCAGUGAGGAGCUUCGCGCAGCACCUGAGAAAGAGCCGAUCUCGCCCAUGGAUCGCCCUUUGAGCCAUGGACAUCAUCACUUCCAAACCUUUGGCCCUGAUAUGAUCCCCACAAAGCCGCACGAUGAAAGACAGAAGCCGCAACAAACUGAGCACCCUCCGGGCCAAACCCAGAUGCCUGAGAUUCCCGGGUACUUCCCACCGGCAUCGAAUGCGAUAGAAGACCGAACGACGCGUUUGAAGAUGGUUCACAAACGGAGUAGCCUCUUCAACGUCUUCAGAUCGCCUCACAUCGACAGCAUCCAGGAAGAGUCAGAUGGCGAGGGUGGCAAAUUGACUUUGAACAAAAGAUCAGUGUUGUCAAUGACACCCACUGCUUCCGCAGUCACUCAAUAUCUGCCGACUCGCGGACCCAAACGAAGAUCGUCAACAUCGUCUCGCUCAAACGCUACUCCUCUCGAUCACCUCGGACCUCCUACAUUCAAGUGGCCUCUGACGUCGACCCCACUGUCGACUCAUUGGGAAUUCCUGGUCGGGGAGAGCAAACAGCCGUCAGGCCACGUUCGAGAGCAAACUCCACUAUCUCCCUUGACGGCACCUCAAGAUUCGAUUCGGCCAAAGCUGACACGCGAAGUGAACUUUAUGGAUGUUGACAAGGUCGCACGCCCCGGCAAUUCGAAGGUGGUUAACUUUGCCCCUGUUGAACAGGACAUGAUCGGCCCUCCUAGCCGCAGCUUGCAAGCGAAAAGAAGGCUAUCAACCAUCCAGAUCAGUGUCCCGAGUGCGCCCAGCUUUCUACCAACCGAGAUGAAACGAGUGAAUACUCCUCCUCAAGCCCCAGAACUCUCAAGCGCCAAUGCAGGCGGCUUCAAAGGCUUCUUUUUCGACAUGCGAAGCAUCCCUCCUGAACCCGGCGUCGCGACCUCAGACGAAACAACUCACCACCCCCAGGCACAUCGACUCAGAAAACUCCUUCAAGUAAAAUCCGUCCAGCACCUCCUCCCCAGACUCUCGGUUCCUUCACUAAAGCGCAAACAAUCCAACGACAAAGAAACCGCCCAGCAACAUCCAAAGACGAACGACCCCCUCACAGUCACAAACUUCUCCCAAACCCCCUUCUCCCAACGCCUAGGCGACACGCGGCGGAAUAAGCUCAACCGCGUCCGCCAAUACAUCCGCGACACCUCCUCCACUGGCGGUCGGGGGGAAUACUCCUCCACCGACGACGAGGCGCUCAUGCUCGGGACUUUCGAACUCGACGUCCCGGAUCAUUUGCCCAAUAGUCCGCUUUGUCCGCUGAGUCCGAAGCACAGGGGUGGUGGGGUGGCGAUUUGUCCUUUGCAUGGGAGGAGGAGGACGGUGGGGCCGGUUGUUGCUGGUGGUGGUGUUGUGGGGAUGGGGGAGAGGUUGGGGAGUGGGGUGGGGAAUGGGAAGGGGAAGAUGGGGCCGAGGAUUGUGUUUGAUAGUGGGGUACAGCAGGUGGAUGGCGGGUGGAAGGGGAGUUAGAUGGAGUUUCAGGAGUGACUUGAGCGUGGGGUUCAGGUCAAGGCACCUGAGAUAAGUGUUUUCCGCAGGCGUUAGGAGCAUGAGUAGGCGUUAGGCGAAGCAAGUAACGAUGGAAAGGAAGGCCGUC